AUGGGUCCGGGCAUCUGCGCAUGUACACAGAGCUGUAACUAUGGCACGUGCUGGAAUGGUCAAUGCGAGUGUUGGACAGGAUAUACAGGUCAUACUUGUUCACAAUACGACCCGUUAACGAUGCCUAACAGGAACGUCACUGUGGGCAUGAACCUGGGAGGACUGUCCUAUUACUCCAGUGAGAUCAAGUUUGUGGAUGUAGCAAAGGAGUCGAUGGAAUGGAUAACACAGCGCCGCGAAGGUGACCAGGCACACCAGUGGAACACUCAUGAGGAGGCCACAAUCCUUUUUGACGAGGACGGGUAUCCUACACAACUGGAAGAUACAAUGAUCCUGGUGACCUUGAUGCUCCGCCAAGGUCAUAGUAGCCCCGGCGGUAACUACACAAUCCUUUAUGACGGCGAAGGAGAAAUUGGUCUGGGUCUUGUACGUUUCACCCGUAUGUACGAAGGCAAAGGACGUAUGAUAGUAAACAUGGAUCCUGGUUCAGGUGGUAUUGAGCUGAAGAUCAUGCGCACAAACCCACAAAACCAUAUUCGGAACAUCCGUGUUAUACUUCCGGGGUUUGAGGAUAGGCAUGCGCACUUUCCUUACAAUCCCCUGUUUUUAGAAACAAUAACACGUUACUCCGAGUUUAGAUAUAUGGACUUUAUGCAUACAAAUGAACAUCAACCCGAACCAACUACAUGGACAACUCGAAGGAAGAGGACUUUUCACACCCAGACCGGAAGUUAUGGAGCCGCUCUAGAAUACAUGAUACUGCUUAGCAAUAUGAUGGGCGCCAAUCCUUGGUUUAAUAUUCCUCACGCAGCAGACGACGACUUUGUCAGAAAAUUUGCCUUAUUUGUCAAAACUUCUCUUCGUCCGGACCUUAAGAUUUACCUGGAAUAUUCUAACGAGGUGUGGAAUGGAAUUUUCCGCCAGACAGCAUACUCCGCGGAGAAGGGUAAACAGCUAGGUCUGGACAGUCAGGGUUAUAAAGCCGGACUGAAAUAUUAUAAUAAGAGGUCAUCAGAGGUCAUGGACAUAUUCCAGUCGGUAUUCGGUAGCCAUAGUAACGACAGAGUGUUUCCGGUUUGGGCUUGGCAGACCGGAUAUCAGGAUUACUACAGACAGGCCCUGGACGACCUCGGUAAUCGGACACGAAGUUUUAAAGCUCUGGCGAUCACUGGUUACUUUUCAUGUGAUGGCGCUGCCUCUAAACACAAAGCGGAACUGCCACAAAUGUCAAUGAUUGAGAUCAGUAAUUUAUGCGCCUUGGAACUUCCUUCCCAGGAAAGUUUGUAUAGACAUUACAUGGACGUCGCAAAGAACCACAGUUUGGCACUAGUGAUGUACGAGGGUGGACCAGCCGUAAUGGAACCAGGUGCUAUUUCUCUUGGUUCAUCAAAUGAUUCUGUUACAAACAAAGCCAUCGCAUUUAACUCGGAUCCUCACAUAAAGGACAAUGUGAAGGCGAUUUUGAACGCUUGGAAGAGCAUUGUGACAGACGCUGCCGGGAAUAAGGCUCCUGGUGGUCUGUUUAACUACUUUUCUUCGACUGGAUUUCCAAGCAAAUACGGAAGUUGGGGAAUGUUACGUUAUACUGGCGAGGAUCCUCACACCGUUCCGAAAUACAUGGCUGUCCAAGAAUUCAUUACUCAACACCUGGGUCAUGACGUCCUUGGAAGGAAGUGUUCGUUUGUAAUAAGUGGAAAUCUUGCAUUAGGAUGUUUUAAGCCAAACGGUGGACACAGCUGGAAGUGUGGAAAAUCUUAUAACCGUGGAUCGGGCUGGGAGUACUUGCCCGAUAUACAUGAUCAAGACUCUAUAAAUAUUCUAGACGGAUACAAUCCCAUCACUAACAAGUUAUUUGUCAGGACAAUUGAUGCAGUCGGUGUAAACCAAUACCACGUGACCGACACGAACCAUUUCAACUGGACUACUACCGACAGCUGGGACUAUCAUUCAAAUCUGGCCUCUCGUCACGUGAUACGAAGUCUCGCGACAGGAGAUUAUGAUAAUCUUUCUACAUCACAGGCAGACUGUACAUACUAUACGCAAGCACAUCCACCCGCCAUAGGCUGA